AUGUGGGAAUUAUUUGUUAAAACCCUAAAAGGAAAGACCAUAACCCUAGAUGUGGAGCAUUGAUACACUAUUGACUUUUUAAAGGCUAAAAUUCAGGAGAAAGAAGAAAUUCCUCCAGACGAGCAAAGGUUAGUCUUUGCAGGAAAACAAUUAGAAGAUUGGAAAACUAUUGCAGAUAUUAAUAUAGGAAAAGAGGCAACACUGUACUUAAUUUUACGGAACAGAGGAGGCGCUUAA